AUGAGGUCUUCCUCGCGUCCGAGGCCCUCCUCACGCCCGACAACCCCUCUGCGACCCAGCUCGCGGUCAUCCCUCCGUGAGGCCCAUGGCUUCGGGCACAGCAUCAGCAAUGCGGGAUACGGCCAGCCCGCGAUCAAUGCCUUAGAACCCCAGUUCGCCGAGCUGGCCGACUCCAUGGCCGACCUGGAAGCCAAUCUCAUGCACCUGCAGUUGAUGCACGAGAGCCUGACGCGGUUCACCGAGAGUUUCGCCAGUUUUCUGUACGGACUGAACAUGAACGCGUUCUGCGUGGAUUUUCCCGAGGCCCCGAUAACCGAUUCGUUCAAGCGAGUCAAGCAAGCAGAAGCCACAAAAGAAGCGGAAGACGAGAUAGCUCGAGCGGAUGAUGGCGAGAUGACUUUCCUAACUACGGAUACCUCCUUUGUCGACCACCCGCCCAGCACCGUUUCCUCGAAACCCACCUCGAAAUACUCGGCGCCUACGCGCGGCUUGACGCGUGGUACCACCCGGGGCUCGGCGACCAGCCGGUACACCACUCGGGGCACCACUCGAGGGCGACCAAGUGCCCUUCCCCGAGGGCGAGGGGUGCGGUGA